AGCAGUGAAGCAGUUAACACUGAGCACAGUGCAGUAGUGCCGGACACCGGAGCGCGGCUCUGAGCAUGUGCUGUUCCUGCUGCAGUGAAGGAAAAUGUGUCAGUUAUCAUUGGAGAGUAUAAGGGAGGAGAGAGGGAGAGGGAGAGGGAGGUUAGCCGGGGCAAACACACGACGAGAGGGAACUGAUGCGACCAUGUUCCUGUUUCGCCUUUUGUCCUCUGCAUGAUUACAAUGAACUGUCACAGGGUCGAUCCCACACUCACUGCAGUGCCACAAUAAAACACGCAAAACCCCCAGAGUUCUGAAAGGAUCAAACGGCCCAGUCACCAUGGCAACAGCGAUGACCCCUGAGCCCCUGACACCGCUGUCUCGGUGGUAUCUGUAUGCCAUCCAUGGCUACUUCUGCGAAGUCAUGUUUACAGCAGCAUGGGAGUUUGUGGUCAAUUGCAACUGGAAGUUCCCUGGUGUGACGAGCGUGUGGGCGCUUUUUAUCUAUGGAACAUGCAUCCUGAUAGUUGAGCGCAUGUACCUGCACCUGCGGGAUCGCUGCAACGUCUUGCUGCGUUGCUUUAUAUACACCCUAUGGACAUACAUGUGGGAGUUCGGAACAGGGUUGCUGCUGCGGCAGUUUAACGCCUGCCCUUGGGACUACUCACAAUUCAAGUACAACUUCAUGGGCUUGAUAACGGCUGAAUACGCCUUGCCUUGGUUCUGUGCAUCGCUAAUAGUAGAGCGUCUGGUCAUUCGCAACACAUUGCGGCUGCGCUUUGACGAGUGGGCUGAGCCUGGCCAGGUUGUAGGAGGUGGAAGCGGAGAAAGAGGAGGAGGAAGAGGAAGAGGAGCCAGAGAAGUGGCCACCAAUGCCAAUGGCUAUGUGAAAGUGGACUGAGUGAGAGUUGUCAUUUUCCCCUCUAGAUCUUUAAAAAUGUAUUUGCUUUUCUUUUCUCUUGAAGGUGUUUUUCAGCUUUCUCCUUUUUCACCCAUUAUCUGGGAGAGAGAUGUUAAGAUUCAGGUGUGGAUCAGUAAAAAAAGAAAACCUCAGCUACAAUAAGGUCUGUGGUAUUGGUGCCUCACAGAUGAGAAAUGCAUUUUCUGCAAUAGUGUCCAAUUUCUUAUAUGCCUCAUUCUGGCAUCCCCUUGUAUCCUAUUACUCCAGGGGAAACAGAGAUUGUGGACUUUGUAUCAUUUGCCCAUUCCUGUACUGUCAGUCUGCUUCAGCAACAGUGGGAGGAAUAAGGAGCAAGAAAAGUACAUGAAAGCUUACAUUGUUAGGGAAAUUAAAUAUUGAAAAACAGAAAAAUGGGCCAGAAAAUAACAAAUGCUAAAAACAAACCCAAUAUUUUUUAGCAUAUUAAAAUGAAGUGUGUAAUAGCACAAGCAAAUAACUAUUAGGCUAAAAAAAAAUUGUACUUGUUGAAUUUGUGUUAUUUAUUUAUUCAUAUUUAUCUAAUGCUAGUUAAGUAACUUAUUAUAGGCUUAUAGUAUGUUGUAUACUGUGCCCUAAAGUAAUGCAUUGAACUUGAAUCUAGUGUUUUUAUACUGAACAAAAAAAAGAAUGCUUGAACAUGCAUGAGAAUAGUGUCUUCCAGAUUUUUUAACAAGAGGCAAAUCUAAAAAUAUAUUCUGUAAAAAGAAUUGUGUUUAUUUUUAACCACAUGGAUUAAGACACAAAGGAGUACUGUACUGUAUUCACUUGUACUGCUGAUAGUUAUGAUUUAAAUAUGGAAUGUUUUAAAAUUUUGUGUGAAUCUUGAAAAGAGUGUUAAGAGAGAUGAGAUGUGA